GUUUCCUUCUUCAGCCUCAGCAAGGUCGACGGCCCUCUGUAUGCAGAAGUGAAGAAGGUGGUGAGCCACCAGCGUGAAGAGCUGAUGUUCCAGAUGCUCACGGUACCCGACAGCAAGGUGAAAAUAGCAGCUUUGGAGUGCGUCGGCACUGCCAACGUGGCCGACACAUCCACCUCCGAGGUGGAGACGCUGAUUGGUUUCCUCGACGUCAAGGGCGAGGACGGCUGA